ACUUCAAAAUGGCGUCGAAACGAAAUUUGUACAGACCUGCCCAAGUUCAAGAAAAUGUUGGCCAGCGAAAACCAAGGAAAACAUUAGCGCAGGGCAGAUUGAUAACUAAUGGUGCCCCAUCACAAGGCAGUGUCCCAGCCUCUGCAUCUCAGAAUGUUAGCCUGGCGUCUAAUACAUCUGUUAGGAAAGUGGCAGUAUCACGUCCAAAUGUUAGUCACAUGAUCAGUGAUGAGUCGACAAAUGAUUCACAGCUUCAUCAGACAUCUCUAGUUCAGGGCAGGCUGGAAGAAUCAGUUUUCUCACCUAGAAGAUGUGUACCUAAGGUAUCCGAGCCAAGAACUCCAAACAGGGGGCCUCCAGCUCGAAGCCUUGAUCUCACAGAUAGUGAAAUGGGGGAGGAGACGCCUGAGCUGCGGUCAAGGUAUCAGAAACCAGAUGAGGUACUGUGUAUCGAUGCAUCUCGGCAGACUGUGAAUCCAGAUGUUUCAGAGGUGGAUAUAAGAAUUGGGGUAGACAAAUCUCCAGUGAAAAUAGUGUGCCAUUCUCCUUCUAGAAUAAAUCAUUCUCUAAGGCAACAUAAUGCUGUGAUAGAUUCAGGGGAAAAUAUAAGACAAUCGAGACACAGGACACCUGUGAUAAUGAAAGAGAAAUUGCAAGAUGAUCAUAUUGAUCCCUAUACAGCCGUCCAGUCAAUACCUAUGACCCCUCCUCAACAGGACAGGCGAGUGCUCCAGUCCCUGUCGACCAACUACCCUCAACCAGACUUCAGUGAUUCUGGGGGCUCGGAUAAAUUCUUGGUAGAGAGACUGGAUGAUAAAUUCUCUAUAGCCAGUGACAAUGAUACCAGUAGUGUGAAAGAAUACACCGUGACUAAUCAUAAGUUGAAAGAUAAAGAAGUGAUGGGGGAUAGGGUACCAUCCUCUACUAAAAAAGAGAAAAGGCCUGAGACUGCUAAAAAGAAGAAAGGACGCAUGGUACCAUCUAGGUAUAUGCAAGCUGCAGAGUCAAAGGUCAAGGCUUCAUUAUCAUCAAGAAUGGAGAAGUCCUCAUUUGACAAGACAAGUAAAACUAGUAAAAGCAUGGAUUAUCCACAGUCAGUCAAGAAAAGUGCUAGAAAGGUGCGGCGAAAUGUCACUAGGGAUGCUGCACCAGAACGUCCCGUCACCCCGGACAACCAGUCUAUCUCCUCUACAGGGGGUAAAACGUCAACGCCAACCAUGGACGGGUCACAUUUGUCUCAUGAUAUGGAUAUAGACGCAUCGGCUAUACAUCCUGAAGUCUCGCUACUUGCAGGUGAUACAUCCCGGCUCCAUCAGUCAGCAGGAAAGCCUGGUAGUGGAAAAACAAGAUCUAGAUUGAAACAAGACUUACGAGAUGAAUUAAUGGGACAGUCUAUAUUAUCUAACGUCUCAAUGUGUAACCAGUCAGUAUUAGCAUCUAAACCUAAACAGAAACUGGAUGCAAAGACUGUACAGCAGAAGCUAGACCUCCUCUACAUGUAUAAUCUACAGUGGGCGUUUCUGGAAGCAAAAGCCAAGAAGACAUUUCAUGAACAGGAAAAACAAGCAAUGGCACAAAUCUACGGCUUAUAUGAGGAGGUAGAGAAUUUACGGAAAGUAAAGUCUGAGAGGGAGCAGCAGCAUGCUCGAUUCCGACAUACAAACAUUACAGAUAAUCUGGCUGAAGUUCAGCGACAGUGCCUGGGUCCAGUGGUAAAUAAUUUACCCUCCUUACAAAAACAGUACAGUAACUUGGCGUAUGCGCUCGAUACAACCAGGCAUCAGAUUCCCACCAAAGAUAUACAUUUACCUGAAAACGAAGAACAGUUUCAAGCUAAACUUGAAGCACAAUUAUUGGAGAGUGAGAGAUUACUUGGAGAAGUCAGUGCUGUUACUAGGCAGGACGUACCUACAAUAAGUGCCAUGGGCAAUGCUAUGGUAACCAUGGAACAAGCUGUUGAAGGAAUGGAGGAAGAAUUAAGAAAGAGUCGUGAAUUGUUAGCAGCAACAGAGACUUUAACUAUGCACGAGUGCUCAUUACGUGUACAAGAAAUACAACUGCUUGACCAGUCCUGAGACCAUGAUAUAACAGCAAAAAACUACACUUGACUGAAGAAGUGUUUACAUGGCAGUCCCUCCAAGCAUCUUGAGACAAUGGAAUUUCUAUUUAUAGCAGAGUGAUAAAUGUUCAGCCGUUAGAGUGAUCAUAAAUCAUAUUUAAAAAAUGUGAAUUAUUAACAGAUUUUUGGUAAAACAAAUGCUCCUGUUACAAAUUGAGUGUGAUUUUAACAACAUACGGUUUCUUGAAGAAUUGCAGUCUAGUACAAAGUCCAAAUUCUGAAAGGUUUAGAGAUUUUCAAAACAAUUUAGAAUCUCUCUUUACAUUUAAAUAUUUUGCAUGUUUAUUUACAUAAUAUUUAGUACAUAGUUUCUAUUUCUUUUGUUGCUUCUUUAUGAUUUAUAAAUUUUGUUCAAGCUCCACAUACAUUUUUUUGUGAUUGAUGUAUAAAUGUUUUACUUUCAAUGAUGGAAAGAAAACAUUAGAAUGUGCACAGAUUGUUUGAUAGAUAAUUUAUUGCUAUUACACUUUCCUGAAAUAAAUUAACUAAAUGUACAAAAAAGAUGUAGUGCAUUUCUUGUGUAGAAAUAAUUUAUUUUCAAACAUUUUUGGAGCACUUUCAUUUUGGGCAAAUUAACCUUUUAUUUUUCUUGUUGCCAAAAUGUAAUACUAUAUAUAUAGUCUUUCCUGCAAGAUGUACAUUAUUUAAUCAGUAGAGCCCACACAUGUCCUGUUGACUCUCGGUCAGAUGCCAUAGAUUUGAAAAGACCAUUGGUCUGUUACUGGGACAUCGUGGGGAUAUUCAUCAUGGGAUCUGUGAUGGGUUCAUAGUGGGAUAUGUUACAGGGCCAUUGUGGGAUCUGUUACACGGCCAUCAUUUGAUCUGUAAUAUGAAAACACUGUUUACUAACAUUAUAUUGAAAGGAUGUUGAAAUGAAUGGCAUUUAUUCUGUGUCGUAGUUCGAUACCAGUAACUUGUGUGAAAGGAAAUAGGAUAGAUUCAUUUGAAAAAGAGGAAUAAGGAACUGAGAAAUAUAAAUAUAAAUAUAAAUUUCCAUGCAGAAAUUUUUCUCUUGCUGCACUGGCAGGUCACUUACAGGCAGAGAUUUCUUCUGCAUAGUGCAGUGUGGUGGAACUUUGUUAAGGUUAAACCUGUUAGUCAGUUUUAAUUUAAGAAGUAGGAUUACAGUGAUGUUAUAACAUGUUAACCCUUAGCCUGCUAACUUUCUAAACUGCAAAACGGACUGGUUCAUCACUCAGUUUUUAUUCGAAGGGGUGUUCACUGAAAAUUAUUUACUGACUGAAUAGCAAACAGUGCAGACCAUGAUCAGCCUGCACGGAUGUGCAGGCUGAUCUUGGUCUGCACUGGUCGCAAAGGCAGAAUCACUUGCCGCCAGCAGGCUAAAGGUUAAUGAUGCAAGAGGGAAAUGCCAGUAACUAUUUCUUUGUUAGGUAAGGUAUAUACAUGUCUGUGAUGUAGAUUGUAGAUAAAUUAUUUCUUUGUAAUUAGUACAAAUGUACGUUACACCAAGUUUUUACUUCUGCUAGUUUUCAUUUUGUAAAUUAUUUUAACUAUAUAUUGUAGUGAUAUUAAAGCAACAGAAAUAAUA